AUGGACUCAGCGAGUAUUGAGCGAGUUUUCCGCCGUGACGCUUGUGCUGGCCGCGUUGCGCUUGUAACAGGCGGAGGGUCAGGAAUUGGUCAAGAGAUUGCCAUUAAGCUUGCUGAGUAUGGCGCCAAGGUUGCAGUGCUUGGACGCCGAGAGACUGCGCUACAAAGCACCUUGAACAUUAUGCAUAAGUGCGGAGUUCCCGAUACUGCCGGUAUGCUCAUUAAGGGUGAUGUGCGUUCUACUGACGAUGCAAACAACGCGGUAGCGCAAGUAGUAAGAAAAUUUGGAAAGCUCGAUGUGCUGGUGAACUGUGCAGCUGGCAAUUUUCUGGCGCUGGCUGAGAAACUUUCGACAAAUGCUUUUCGUACAACCAUGGAGAUCGACGCUAUUGGUACUUUUAACAUGAGUCGAGCAGCAUUUGAAGCGCUUAAGUGCAGUGGUGAUGGACGCAUUAUCAACAUUUCAAUGACACUGCAUCUCUCGGCCUCGUGGUACCAGGUGCACGCAUCAGCUGCCAAGGCUGCAGUGGACAGCAUUACCCGCUCGCUUGCAUUGGAAUGGGGCCAAUUCGGGAUCCGAGUGACUGGUGUCGCUCCUGGACCAAUCGCCGACACAACAGGAUUAGUCAAGCUUGGUGGAGAUAUGGAGGGUGAGAAGAUGGAUAAGGUUCUGGCUAGAUCUAUUCCGGUUGGCCGUAUUGGUACUAAAACGGAUAUUGCAGCAGCCGUGCUGUAUCUAGUCUCUCCGGUGGGAAACUUUGUGUCAGGUGACAUUUUGAUCGUAGAUGGUGGAAAUUACCUUUACAAAAAGCCUAUUGCGCCUCGUGAAUCGCUUGAAAAGUGGUCGAAACAAAUGGAACAGAAAUUACGCAUAACAACAGAGUCAAAAUUGUAA